AUGAGCUUCCCGCGGCCCCUGCGGCGCUCCAUCAGCCUGAGCCCGGCCCGAACCCUGCGGCUCGUCGUGCUGGGGCAAGGCGCCGUGGGCAAGACAGCACUGACUGUCAGAUUCAUCACCAGAAGGUUCAUUGGAGACUAUGACCCAACACUAGAAAUGAUUUACAGACACAUGGCUGUCAUUGACGGAGAGAUGGUGCACUUUGAGAUCCUGGAUACAGCAGGACAGGAGGAAGACUCCCUGCAGAUAGAGGAGAAGAUCAAAUGGGGUGAUGGCUUUGCCGUGGUCUACUCGGUGACAGACAGGUGCAGCUUCGAUGAGGUGAUGCGGUUGUGUUUCCUCAUCAACCACAUCCAUUCCAGCCCUAAGAGGAGCGGUGGGAGCGAGCAGCCGCCUGUGGUCAUCGUGGCCAACAAGAAGGACUUGCAGUUUGACAGGAUGGUGUCCACUCAAGAUGGUGAAAACCUCUCCAAAGCUUUGAAGCUUCCUUUCUAUGAGAUUUCCACUCGGGACAGCUACGAGGAGACCGUGACAGUGUUCAGUACCCUCUACCAAGAGCUCAUGAGACAGGGGCAUUUCUCCCCAGGCUCCUUCAAGAGGAGGACAGUGUCGAAAGUGAUGGAGAAGAUUCCCAAGAUGCAAGCCAGCUCUACCUUGAACUCAGCAGGCCGGAGUCUCAGCUUUAACUCCUUUAGGGACUACAUUCCCGAGUGAGCUUCCCUGGUACAGAGGAACAGGACCGAGGGAUGGGUCCUCCUGCUGCUGAGGCACCUGUUAUGUAGUGAGGAGCUGCUUUUUUGGGGUUGAAGAGCAGCAUGUAGAGCAGGAGGGGAAUGUUAAGUGUUGCAUUGGUGUUCAGAAGCCUCUGAAGGCUUGGUUGCUACAAACAGGCUCUGGGUCUGCGGGAAGGAUGCUCUUCCUCUGUCCCACCCGUCCUCCUCCUCCUCCUGCUUGUUAAAGUCAGCAACAAAGGUUGCUCCUAUUGACUUCAGAUGUGUUGUGUCAAUGCUUGUGGGUCCCAGUGGGCUGCACUGGGGAUCAGACCCAGCACCCACAACUCCCCAUGGGAUUUCUGCUUCCCACAGAGAGCUCACUGGGUCUGUCCCUGUCCCUUCUCAUGCUCCUGGGCUGGCAGCAAGGGCAUGUUUUAAAGCAGAGAUCUGUUUACAGUAAGAAUAAAAAGUCUGCUUUUCUCAGAAGCCAUUUUUUUUAACAUCUGAAGCUCCUUUGCACUCUCUCUCCCGUAACAUCACUAUAAAUAUAAGCCUGGGUAAAGGGCUGUUUGGUGAGGCUGCCCCUUGUUUGACAUCUCUGGGGCUGCUAGCCUUUAAGGGGAAGCAAAUUGGAUGGCAUCACUUCUGUGUCCUGCAGCCUUAGGCUAAGGUCAUGCUGCUCCAUCCUCGGGGAGAGUGUAGUUCCUGACGCAUGCCCUGGAGCUCAGCUCAGUGUGUGUCUUGGCUCUGCUUUGCCACCCAAGGUGAGUUCUUUAGGAAGACAUGUGACAUGCCACUUGUAUGUCUUCUGAGAAACAACCGUGUGCCCUGUGCCAAUAAAAACUGAGCUAGUGCCUGUG